CCAGGCGUCCGCUCCCUGCCAGGUCCCAUGCCAUCGCCUGCGUGAACCAGUUCAUCAUGGACCGGGCCCAGGCGCUGAUGGACAACAUCGACACCUUCAUCGAGCACCUGUUCGCCCUGGCCGUGGACGAUGACCCUGAGGUGCGGAAGAAUGUGUGCCGUGCCCUGGUGAUGCUGCUGGAAGUGCGGAUUGACAGGCUUAUUCCCCACAUGCACAGCAUUAUCCAGUACAUGCUGCAGAGGACCCAGGACCACGAUGAGAACGUGGCCCUGGAGGCCUGUGAGUUCUGGCUGACGCUGGCCGAGCAGCCCAUCUGCAAGGAAGUCCUGGCCUCCCACCUGGUCCAGUGAGUGCCGCUCGUGCCCUCUGCCCCGCCUCGGCCUUCACCUCUCGCUAUGCUCUGCCUUCCCUCUGGUUGUUUCCUGUGUUACCCUCAGUCUGUGUUCUCUAUCUCCAUUCAUUUCUACC